CACAGGUCCGGAGUCCUCUGUGAGCAGCACCUCAGAAAGCUGGUCCAACUCGAGGAACAGUUCAAACCGUGAGAAUGUUGUCCAGGGUCAAAACCUUGUACGGAAAGCUUUGCGGCGAGCAGAAGCACGUCCUAAAAAUCUGGCUAAAAGUAUGGAGGACAUCACAGCAUCCUUAUCGCCACGACAAGAAAGAAGGCAAGACCCAACUGCUGACAUGAGACGCAUUAGUGAUGCUUCAUCGAUCCCGUCGCCCACCGCAUCUUUAUUUUCGGAUCCGGAGCACCUGAAGAAUAUGAGCAAAUCGGUUCCUUCGUUCUUACAGAAGGAGGACGCUGGCAGCGACAUUGACUCCCCCACGGGAGACGGUGACCACGCAGGAAGACUAAUGACGGGCAGCUCUUUGAAUAGCCUCACCGGCUCCUCUGGCAUGGCGUCUUUGUCUUCUCUGAGUGGAAGUGUGAUGACCAUGUACAGUGGGGACUUUGGGAAUGUAGAGGUUCAGGGAAACAUCCAGUUCUCCAUCAACUACAUCCAGAAGCUCAGAGAGUUUCACAUCUUUGUGGCUCAGUGCCAUGACCUGGCUGCAGUCGACCCAAAGAGGGGCCGCUCAGAUCCGUAUGUCAAAAGCUACCUGGUCCCUGACAAAGCUAAUCUGGGAAAGAGGAAAACAUCUGUUAAAAAGAAGACACUAAAUCCAACUUUCAACGAGAUCCUCAGAUAUCGUGUUCGCAUGGAGUACCUCAGAACCCAGAUUCUCAUUAUCUCCGUUUGGCAUAACGAUACGUUUGGCAGGAACAGUUUCCUGGGCGAGGUAGACGUGGACCUCUCCAAGUGGGACUUUGACCACACCCAGAUGAACUACUUACCCCUGAAAGCAAGGACUGCACCCACUCUAGCGCCAUCACAUGGUCGAGGAGAGAUGAGACUAGCCCUGCGUUUCCUGCCAGAGAUCAUCCACAGUGAAGGAUUAGUUAAGGAGGGUCAAAGCACCGGAGAGGUUCACAUUUGGAUGAAAGAAUGCAAGAACCUGCCUCUAAUUAGGGCCACCAUCGACCCAUAUGUUAAGUGCUUUGUGCUGCCGGACACAAGCAGGAAGAGUCGCCAGAAGACGCGUGUCCUGCGGAGGACAGUAGACCCAGCAUUUAACCACACGAUGGUGUACGACGGCAUCAGACAGGCUGAUCUAUCAGAAGCCUGCGUGGAGCUCACCGUCUGGGACCGAGACAGACUAGCCAGCAACCUGCUGGGGGGCCUGAGGAUUGGAGCUGGAACAGGCAGAAGUUAUGGAGCACUGGUCGACUGGAUGGACUCAACUCCCUUUGAGGCGGCCCUGUGGGAGCGCAUGAUGGCAACCCCGAAUGAAUGGGUGGAGGACGUACUCCCAUUAAGAGUGCUGAACUCUGCAAAAACUGGUUUCAAAUAAGUCAAAAUAUGCCAAACUAACAUACUGCAAAGACAGUAAUAUUUAAGAGGUAAAAACACAAUAAAUGAACUGUUUUAAAGAUUUAAAUUCUGUCGAGAAAUGCUUUCUAAGGAUUUCGAUACUCUGAUGAAAAAUGAAGUAAAGACACGAGAGGGAAAAGUUGGAAAGAACCAUGUGACUGUAUUUCUUAACCUCCAUAGGUGCUCUAGGAAAUAAUAGAAAACCAAAUGGUGGAAACAAACCCCUCGGGAGAGUGCGUUAUGUAUAAAUCCAACACUGACAAGUGAUGUAAUGAUUUGUAAAGGGUUGGUUCACCCAGAUAACAAAACCUCCUAUAUUUGCUCACUUACUGUAUAAACAGAUACACUGUCAACAGCUACAUACAAUAUGUACUAUUUCCUGAGUAUAUUUCAUUUUAUAAGUUUGUAAUGUUGUUUCACAUUUCAGUGGCCUUCAUUGUGUUGGGUUGGCAGUGGAAAUCUCAAAACCUGUGCAAAGUAAACAAAAGCUAUUCACAGAAUAUGAUCUUGGUGAAACAACCCUGUGAAUUGUAAGCAUAGAUAAUUGCUGACGACCUUGUUGUUUUCUACAGUAUUACAAUACGAUAGUCCUGGCCACUUUCCUCAUGACUUGUUUUCACUCUGCAACAUAGUGGACAUCAGAUGUUGAAGACAGUCUCAGAGAUCUCAUAGAGAUCAGGGAACUCCUCUCUCUGUCUGUCUCUCUCUGAUCGGUUUUCAGACGGAGAAACAAAUACUUAAGAGGACAUUGCAGACAAUUACGCCCAUCACAACGGGGCUGCUGUAGCAGCUCAGGGAUGAUGUACCUGUGUGAGAAAGAAAGACAAAAAGCAUCAAGACUUUCAUGUUAUGAUGCUGCAUGUGUCCCCUAUUAAA